AUGUCCUCAACAGCAAAAUACCACCCCCUCCUCUCCCCCAUCUCCUCUCCCCGUCCGUCCCACUCCCCCUUCUACAUCACCCCGCCCCGCAGCCCGCACAACAUCGACGUCGAGCUCGAGCCCUUCGGCGGCGGCGAGGAGCACCCGGCGCCGCCCCCGCCGCUGCUGCGCCGCCACAGCGCCGCCCACCGCUUCUGCCGAGUCUUCGCCCUCGUCGCGGCGUGGGGCAGCAUGACCGUGUUGGCCGUCGCGCUGAUCUUGUUCACGUCGUACAAGGCCAUGUUGAUCUUGACUGGGAAGGGCGGGGGAGAUGGUGGGCAGCAUGGAGGAGGAGUGCAGGGAGGAGCGUAUGUAGGAGGAGGGGCGGGCGGGCAGUACGGUGGGCAGCACAGUGGUGGUGGUGGGCCGUGA